AUGUGGAUCCGACCUUGGUCAAUAACCUCCCUUCUUUUGGCCUGGAGCCUGUUUUCACAUCACGUUGAUGGAAUAGAUGUCCUCAAAAACAAUGGCUUCACAUCGUGCCUUGAUAACUCCGAGAUCAAUGUCGAAAAGAUCAACCUAGAGUUCGACCGCACUACCAAUGACUUCAUCUUCGAUGUUGCAGGGAGUAGUUCAAAGAUCCAAAAUGUGACGGCAGUGUUGCUCGUUGAGGCUUAUGGCCAGAAAAUCACUCAAAGCUUCAAUCCCUGUGAUGAGGCAACGAAAGUCGAUCAACUAUGCCCUGUUCCUGCGGGACGAUUUAUGGCCAAAGGAAGUCAAAAAAUUCCUUCCAAGUUCGCAGAGAAAAUCCCAUCCAUCGCGUUUGCAAUUCCCGACCUCCAGGCACACGCGACCAUGCUCUUAAAAUCGAAUGACGGAGGUCAGACUCUUGCUUGUAUCAGUUCAACUGUAGGCAAUGGCAAAUCAUUAGAGGCACCCGCGGUAUCAUACGCCGCGGCUGGAGUCGUAGGGGCUGCCUUGGUAUUGUCAGGCGCCGCAGCUUUGGUGGCAGGUGGGCAUCCCGGUGCUGCUACAUCAAGCCCGACAUUCGGUGAGGUUGUUGGGUGGUUUCAUUCGAUGGCAACCAACGGCAUGCUUAGCGUCAACUACCCGCCGAUCUACCGCAGCUUCACCAAAAACUUUGCGUUCAGCACCGGGCUGAUUCCUUGGAAACAAAUGCAGAUGUCGAUUGACGAUUUUAGAAAUAAGACCGGGGGCAAUCUGACAAACGACAAUGUCCAAUUCCUUGAAAAUGCUACGCUUAUAUUUGACGAAGGGUCUGGUACCUCGAGUAAUGUAAAACGUUCAUGGAAUUCCAUUUUCAAUUCUGCCGGUAUUGCGGUUCGGGAGAUAUCCACGUCGAUCAAUGAGACAUCCACAGCAGGUGGCACUGAGGACGAGGGCGGCAUUAAUCAUGUUGUCAAGGGAAUCCAGGCAUACGUCGAAAUGCUCUCGGUUCCGAAAUCUAAUACCUUCAUGACAGUGCUGUUGAUAUUUGCUAUCGUCGUUGCGGCCAUUGCUGUUGGUAUAUUGCUCUUCAAGGUUAUUCUUGAGGUCUGGGCUAUGUUUGCAUCUUUUCCGAAAAAAUUAACGAACUUCCGGAAGGAUUACUGGGGAAUACUAGCGAGGACAAUCACCAAUUUGAUUCUCGUAUUGUACGGCAUCUUUACCCUCUACUGCGUUUUCCAAUUCACCCGAGGCGAUUCGUGGGCCGCCAAAGUCCUUGCAGGUGUCACCCUCGCCAUUUUUACCGGGAUUCUAGGAUAUUUUACGUUCAAGAUUUGGAGCGUGGCUCGAAAAUAUAAGAAAGUGGAAGGUAGUGCAGCUGCGCUAUACGAAGAUCGGGAAACAUGGCGGAAAUACAGCCUUUUCUACGACAACUACAGAAAGGGAUAUUGGUGGAUUUUCGUCCCCACCAUCGUCUACAUGCUUGCAAGAGGUUGCAUCAUUGCUGGGGGCGAUGGCCAUGGACUCGUCCAGACGGCUGGCCAACUUAUCGUUGAGGCAAUCAUGUUCAUCCUCCUCCUAUGGUCGAGACCCUACGAAGCAAAGUCAGGCCAAUGGAUCAAUAUAUCCAUUCAAGUAGUCCGUGUCCUCUCUGUUGCGUGCAUUCUAGUCUUCGUUCAGGAGCUGGGGCUGUCAACGACAACGCAAACCGUCACUGGUGUCGUUCUGAUUGCAGUUCAAUCAGCACUGACUUGCAUCCUUGCCAUUUUGAUCGUUGUCAAUGCCAUAAUACUUCUGUUCAAGAAGAACCCACAUUCCGCGAGGAGGCGGAAAGACCCUGAUAACCUCACUCCCCUGGACGCUCGAAAUUCCCUUCUAGAAACCGUUCCCCCGCACUACUCUUCUUGGAGAGGCUCAACGGGCUACUACAACCGCACUUCCUCUUACGAUCCUUACAUGGGUUCAUCCACUAGCGAAAAAUCUCACCACAUGUAUACAAACAGCACCGAUCAUUUAAUCCCAGCAAAUGCGGACAACAUAAACCAUAUGAAUAUGAGGGACCCAUCACCCGAACGACAAUUUUCGAGGCCUAUGAUCGGACAGGCGUACUAG